CCCAAACUUUACUUUAAAACAUGGAUGCUAAACGAGAUGACGUUGUUCGCCCUCUCGCUAACUUUCAUCCGAACCUUUGGGGAGAUCAGUUUCUUGUCUAUAAUGAGCAAGAAGAGCAAGAUGGGGUAGAUCAAAUAAUCGAAAGUUUGAAAGGGGAAGUGAGAAAAGAAAUACGUGUAGCCUUGGAUGCCGUGGAACAUACAAACUUGCUGAAAUUAGUCGAUGCCAUCCAACGCCUAGGCAUAGCCUACUAUUUCGAAAAGGAGAUCGACCAAGCCUUGCAGCAUAUAUAUAAUGUAUACGGUGAUGAAUGGAAUGGCGGUAGCCCUUCCCUUUGGUUUCGACUCCUCAGAGACCAAGGCUUUUAUGUUUCCUGCAAUUCUUUCAGUUACUACAAGGACAAUACAGGAUCAUUUAAGGAGUCCUUAACCAAUGAUGUCCAAAGCUUGCUUGAUCUCUACGAGGCCACGUAUUUUAAGGUGCAAGGCGAAGCCAUACUCGACGAUGCUCAUGUUUGUACAAGAACUCAUCUUGAAAACAUUGCUAAGGACCCCCUUCGGUGUAACUCUACUUUUUCUAAGCACGUGCAGGAUACACUAGAGCGCCCUAUACGUAAAAGGUUGCCAAGACUAGGUGCAAUUCUAUACAUACCUUUCUAUGAGCAACAAGUUUCUCAUAAUAAGUCGUUGCUAAAACUUGCAAAGUUGGGGUUCAACCGUCUUCAGUUACUACACAAGAAAGAGCUUAGCCAACUUUCAAAGUGGUGGAAAGGUUUUGAUGUCCCAAAGAAUGUACCUUAUGUGAGAGAUAGAAUGGUCGAAAACUACUUUUGGGCGCUAGGUGUAUAUUUCGAGCCUCAGUAUGCACGUUCUAGAACAUUCUUAGGAAAACUGUUUGCAAUGGCAACAAUUAUGGAUGACACUUAUGAUGCUUAUGGUACUUAUGAAGAACUUAAGAUUUUCACCGAAGCAGUUCAAAAAUGGUCAGCCACCUGCUUGGAUUCGCUUCCAGAUUACAUGAAACCAAUAUACAAAGGCCUUUUGGAUGUUUAUGAGGAAAUGGAGGAAAUUUUGGCAAAGGAAGGAAGAGCAUAUGAACUUAACUAUUCCAAAGAUUCGAUGAAAGAGCUCAAUAAGAGUUACAUGAUGGAAGCGAAAUGGAGACACGAUGGGUAUGUACCAACAGUGGAGGAGCAUAAAUCAGUAAGCUUCAUGAGUUGUGGCUACAAAAUGCUUGCAACCUCAAGUUUUGUUGGUAUGAGUAUGACCACCGACGAGGCAUUCAAAUGGAUUAAGACCUAUCCUCCACUUGUCAAAGCUUCAUGUGUGAUUUGCAGGCUUAUGGAUGAUCUUGUUGGUUACAAGGAAGAUAAACAAAGAAACCAUGUUGCGUCGACUGUUGAUUCUUACUUGAAGCAAAAUGAUGAUACCAAGGAGGAGAAAGUCUUUGAUUUGUUAAACCAAGAAGUCGAAGAUGCAUGGAAAGAAAUCAACCGAGAAUCCCUUGUGUGUAAAGACAUUCCUCUGCAGCUUAUUAUGAAUGUGAUCAACUUGGCACGUGUGAUUGAUACCCUAUACAAACAUGAUGAUAAUUUCACACGAGUUGGAGAAGAAUUCAAAGAUAAUAUCAAGGCUUGCUUUGUUCAUGCUAUGAGUCUUUGAGCACCAGUUAACGGCGAAUCAUAGUUUGGGAAGUUGUUGGUUGAUGCAUGAUUUUCUAUGACUGAUGAUUAUGGUAAUGCUCUUAUUACUGAAUAAGAACUCAAGAUAUAUUGAGUUGUCCUUUUAUAUCUAU